AUAAGGAUUCAGUGAGGGAGAGGUAGAGGCAUCGUCCACAACUGAUUACAAUCAAAGUUCCCAGUCAGCCAAGAUGCAUUCGUUUCUUUUGGCUCUAGCUGUGUUGCAGACACUACAAUACUCUGCUGGGAUACCAAUGACUGAUUUCACACCGGUUGUUCAAGAUGCCCUGAAAGAAUCCAUUCUUCAAUUGAACAGAAACACAGUUAGUGAUUACCUCCUCAAAGCAACAAGCAAUGAGUUGCUUUAUAUUACUCCAACAGGACCAAAUGAGUUUGCAGUGGAUUUAAGAUUUACUGCAAGGGAAACCCUGUGCCCGAAAACAGGUGGAUUUGAUAGUGAAAAUUGCGAGCUCAACAAUGACCCCUUAGCUAAAAUGACCACAUGCCGAAGCAGCGUCAGUUAUUCCUAUGGUGCAGUUGUUGAUGUGUAUCUUCAGUGCAUGGACAGUAGAGGUACAUUCAUGGACAGCAGCAGUGAAUCAGCCUCCUUCGAAAGCAGCGAAGAGGUGAGGUACCUGAGAAGGCGACCACCAUUCCAGGAUGAGCACCAUUCAUCAGUUGACUGGGAUUUCCAGAAUAACAGGCAAUUUCCUCAGCGCCGUGGAAAUGGUGUUGCCCCAAGAAGACCCAAUAAGCAGGCCAAGCCUCUGAGCCAAGGAUUAUCCUCCAGAAAGAAGCCAAAUCGUAAACCGAAUCGGGACUCCAAAGUGGAGUGAAGGGGGUUUGGAGUUCACAGAACGCACAAGGCGAGAUGUCCGCCAUUAUUUCAACUGCAAGCAUUGCAAGCUAAAGCAUUCUUUCCUAUUUCAUUAGUUCUGUCACUGUAACGGUAGUCUCCACUCUCCUGCUCAAGAAGUUGGAAACAUGAAAAUAAAACAAGCUGAUUAUAA